CAUAUAUAGACAUCGACUUCAACAAAAAUAUGGCAAGGAAAGGGAGAAAGAAAAGGUAUAAAAGAUAGAGGCCACUUUCUUUCUUUUUCCAGGGAAUCCAAGGAAUUAAUAUUAUCCUAGACCUUCCUUCUUCAUCCAAAAUCCUAGCUAUAUAUGUACAUUUGUUUAAACCAACUGCUACCUUCUAGCUCAGAAGUAAAAGGUUGAACAGAUCAAUUUAGUUUUUGGAUGUUCAUUGAUUUCUUGAGGUUAUUCUUCAAAUGGCAAUUAACAUGCAGAUUGUUCUGGCUUCCAAUUGCGAGAAUGUUGAGGCACAGUACGUGGAGAUGAUGGUCCCUCUUUAUUCCCAUGGAUGUGAGAAGAAAGUGAAGAAGACCUUAUCUCAUCUCAAAGGAAUUUACUCUGUAAAUGUAGAUUAUUAUCAACAAAAGGUGACAGUGUGGGGGAUAUGCAACAAAUACGAUGUAGUAGCUACCGUAAAGAGCAAAAGAAAGGAAGCUCGCUUUUGGAAUCCCCAAGACAACGUUCAAAUGGAAGAAGAUGAAGAAUCACAACCACCAUCAUCACCACCACCACCAAAAGACUCCAAAACUAUUCCUUCUUUGACCCUAAUGAAGGCUCGUUCUCUAACUCGCUCCUUGAGUUGGAAAGUAUGGAAAAAGGUUUUCACGAGGACGUACUCCUUCUAAAGAAACUAGAGCAUGCAUUUGGGUUGUCGUAGGCUUGUAGCUAGAUAAUAAUUUAUGAGUGUAAUAACAACCUAGCUAGCUGGCUGGCUAUUCUCUUAUUGUUUGUAUAUUAAAUACGCUAGCUAGCCUUGUUCAAGAAUUUCGGCUCCCUUUGCUUAAUUUGUUUCUUGCAAGAAAUUGAAGAUGGUGACUCGUUUUUCA